AGUGUAGACGUUACGCCCAACAAAUUUAAAAUAAAGCGCGUGGUGGGAGAAAGCCAAGGCGAACUAUUCUAAGAACAAACAAACAUAUUUCUUCCUUACUUCAUUCAAUCUCUCUUUCAAAUUUCAUUUUCACAUCUAUUUCAAGCCUCAAAGGGUUAGGGUUUGUUUGUUUUUUUGUUGUUGUUGUUGGAGAUGGGGCAACAGUCUUUGAUUUACAGCUUCGUUGCUCGAGGUACGGUGGUUCUCGCUGAGUACACGGAGUUUACGGGAAAUUUUACCAGCAUCGCUUCUCAAUGUCUACAGAAGCUUCCUGCUUCGAAUAAUAAGUUUACUUAUAAUUGUGAUGGUCAUACCUUCAAUUACCUCGUCGAAAAUGGAUUCACCUAUUGUGUAGUUGCAGCUGAAUCUGCCGGUAGACAAAUUCCUAUUGCUUUCCUGGAAAGAGUUAAGGAGGAUUUUAACAAAAGAUAUGGUGGAGGAAAAGCAGCCACUGCUGUUGCUCAUGGCCUUAACAAGGAGUUUGGGUCCAAGCUGAAGGAGCAUAUGCAGUAUUGUGUGGACCAUCCUGAAGAGAUCAGCAAGCUUUCUAAAGUUAAAGCUCAAGUGUCUGAAGUUAAGGGUGUUAUGAUGGAAAAUAUUGAGAAGGUUCUUGACCGUGGUGAGAAGAUUGAAUUGUUGGUGGAUAAAACUGAGAACCUCCGCUCCCAGGCUCAAGAUUUCAGGCAACAGGGGACUAAGAUUAGAAGAAAGAUGUGGCUUCAGAACAUGAAGAUAAAAUUGAUCGUUUUGGGUAUAAUCAUUGCCUUGAUUCUCAUUAUCAUAUUAUCUGUUUGUCAUGGUUUCCAUUGUUAAAUUCCCUAGAGGAGUAUCCCGGGGUAUCCCCGGAUACUCUUCUGCCGCUGCUGCUGCAUACUGCAUCUGAACCUCCACGCUGCUGUUCUCAACAGCAUCGUUUUUCGUCACUUUUCGGGGGCCUUUACUACUGUUUAGAUUAACCAUUCCCUCCUUACUGAUAUAGCAUUUUAGGAUGUGGGAGCGUUUUGUAUUUUGGAUUGUUUGUAUAGUGUUCAUGUGAUUUUUUUUACCUUUUCUAGCUAGAUGGUCUCUGCAUUGCUUUGUGUAUUGGAUUUAUUUUGUUUAAGAUGUAAUUGAGGAAUAUUUUGGAGUAUGUCCUUUUGAAAUUAUUAUUUAUAUCUAUCCCAUUUAUUUUCAUCUA